GAUUCUGAUGAACGCAUGCGUUAGAAGCUAAUAAAACCGCGCGCAGGUAUUCAACAAGGGGUAGGAAUUGUUCAACAAGGGUAGUUCAAAGGAAGCAUAGUCAACAUAAUGUUUGUGUUCUACUUUCGUGUGGGAACGCUGAUGUAAACGACGAUAAUUGAUCCUGGGAAUUUUUUCGCAAUAACCUGCAAGUGGGACACAUUUUUCCAUACAAUGCAACGAGAAACUAGAGAAGCAUCACGGUUAAAGGAUAAUAGUUUACUGACUUCAAAAAAUACUUACAGACUGAUAGAAAGUUUCAAGUAGUUUACCUCAAAAAAGACGAAAUGGUGAUGUAUGGCUAGCUGUACUAGGUCAAACUCCAGAGGGACACUCGGUCACGCGGUCGGCGUUCUAUCUACCCUCGUUAUCUUCACAGCGAUAAAAUAGCAUGAGUGAAUCGGUAAAAGUUGCUGUAAGAUGCAGGCCAAUAUCUCAGAAAGAAUUAGCAGAAGGAUGUCAGAGUGUUGUCACCAUCGAUCCACAUUCAAAAAGCUGUACGUUAGAAGGAGAUGGAAAUACCGGUAAAGUCUAUCAAUUUGAUGCAGCUUUUGGAUCAACAUGUUCCACAGAAAAAGUCUACGAUGAUGUUGGAUCCGUGGUGGUUGAAGCAGUUCUUGAAGGAUAUAAUGGAACAGUAUUUGCUUAUGGUCAAACAGGGUGUGGAAAAUCCCAUACGAUGCAUGGAUUCAUUGAAAGAACAUUGGAGCAUAUUUUUGAAGCUACAUCAACAGCUAGCUCAGAUACACGUUAUUUGGCUCUUUUAAGUUAUCUAGAAAUCUACAAUGAACGUAUAAGAGACCUUUUACAAGAUGAUGAUGGAUCUCUUCAGCUUAAAGAAGAUCCAGUUCGAGGUACUUACGUAGCAGGGUUAAGAGAAGUUACCGUAAAAGAUGCUGUUGAGUGUUCAUCAUUAGUAAAACAAGGAGAUAAAAGAAGAGUAGCAGCUUUUACCAAAAUGAAUGCAUCAAGUUCAAGAAGUCAUGCGGUUCUUACAAUAUCCCUUGAAGCUUUAGCUAUGAAUGAAGGGACUUCUCAACAAGGAGGUGCUGUAAGAAGAGGGCGUUUACAUUUAGUAGAUUUAGCGGGCUCAGAAAGACAAGCUCGAACUGGAGCCACUGGUGAAAGACUGAAGGAAGCAGCUAGUAUUAAUUUAAGUUUAUCAGCAUUAGGAAAUGUUAUCAGUGCCUUAGCUGCUGGUAAUGGAAGACAUGUGCCUUACAGAGAUAGUAAACUUACUCGAUUAUUACGUGAUAGUUUAGGUGGUAACGCAAGGACUUUGAUGAUUGCUUGCAUAAGUCCUUGUGAUGUGGAUGCUGAAGAAACUUUGAGUACUUUACGAUAUGCAGCUCGUGCACGAUGUAUAAAGAAUAAACCUAUCGUAAAUGAAGAUCCGAAAGAUGCACUUUUACGACAAUAUCAGCUUGAAUUGCAACGUUUACGUAAGCUUUUGGAGAGUUCGCCGAAGACUGAUGACGACAUAGAGGAGGAUGAAGAGCGAGAGGAUGGAGAAAGGUCUUCUCAAGUAGAAAAAUUAAAGAGAGAGUGUGAGGAGACUAAUUUGUCUUCGCAAAAAUUACGAGAAGAACUGGAAUGCUUAAGAAAUCGUUAUGAAAAUAACCGAGAAAUUAAUGAGCCUUCGGAUAAAAAUUUAGUUUGGACGUCAAUGACGCGAGAAGUUGACGAAAGAAGAAGGAAAAAACGCGAAGCGGCACAAAGAGAAGUUAUGCGACGAUUAGAAAGACUGACUAUUGGUGGUGAAGCUCAAGGGAAUACAGAAUUGAAAAGAAGAAGAGAAAGAAGAAGAAGAAGAUUGCAAAUUUUAGCGGCUGCCCUUGAAGCUAGUGCACAGGAUGGUAGUGAAAGUGCUUUUGAAGUUUAUGGACAAUUAAAAACAACUGAAGAUGCUCUUAAAAGAAUGGCAAAGCGCACAAAGCAACUGGAAGCAGAGGCCCUAGAUCUUCAGGCAUCCUGGGAUGCGGAACGUCGAGAACUUCUUCGCCGUGAGCUCUUGGCGACGCAGAUAUGUGAAGCAAUGGUUCCCUAUCUACGUCCUGGAUGCCCAUUCCGUGACCUUACAUCCAUUCGAUCUGCAGCCACUUGGUGUGAUGAAUUAAAUCGAUGGAGAUUACCUGAUUUUUCAUCUCGUAUACCCCUUCCACCAGCUCCGCCAAUAAAUCGAGAUAAUUUAAGGCUUAAACCUGAUCAUAAUAAUAACAAUGAUGAUCGGAGCAGUGAUGAUGAUUCUCGUGCAAAUGAGGCCAAGAGCUCCCAGUUAUAUGAUAUUGCUGGUACUUACUUUCGCAGAAAUAGAAUUGAUCAAUUACUUGCUCGUGCUCGUGAAGCUAAAACUUUUGAAACAAAUGGCCGAUUGAGUAAAUCUGGAGGCUCUGAUGACUCUUCAAGUGGAUAUCAGCAAUUAAACUCACUUAAUUUGCAAGGAAGUGCUCCAACAAUUAGUGAGCUCUCAACAAAAAUACCUCUAAAAUCGUUAAAUUCUGGCAGACCAGUUGGAGCUUUCAAUGCUUGGACGACGCCGGACGCCACAAAACCACUUCAUUCUCCUCUUAAUUCUACUUCUCUGAGUUCUGUUAAAAAAAUCCCUCCUCCACGAAUUUUAGAAGCAUUGCCCUCAUAUCCACUUGGUUCUCCUGAAUCUCGUACGCCUUCUUGACAAGGAGAAAAAUUUAUUGGAUCUUAAUUCUUCUCU